UCAAAAAAAUCAAGUUCACGCACUUUUAGCGCAAGUUUUAGAAAGACUUGAACAUUAGUUAAAAAAUUUCAUGUUUUCCGCUUCUUUCGGAAAUAUUUUAGCUGUUUAUCAAGAGUUCUUGGCAUCGACUUAGUAAAUUAGCUCAUCUACAGUGCAUCGUACAUUUGAAAAUGCCUAGCGAAAUCAUCACUCUACAGCUGGGCCAGUGCGGCAAUCAGAUUGGUUUUGAGUUUUGGAAGCGGCUGUGCCUGGAACAUGGCAUUUCCCCGUCCGGAGUGCUGCAAGAUUUUGCCACAGAUGGCAUCGAUCGAAAGGAUGUGUUCUUCUAUCAGGCAGACGACGAUCACUACAUUCCCCGGGCAGUCUUGCUGGAUCUGGAACCGCGCGUCAUUCACUCCAUCAUGACUUCGCCUUAUGCCAAGCUGUACAAUCCGGAGAAUGUGUACUUGUCAAAGGACGGAGGUGGUGCCGGAAACAAUUGGGCUUCCGGGUUCAGUCAGGGGGAGAAGCUGCAUGAAGAAGUUUUCGAUAUAAUCGACCGAGAGGCUGACGGGAGUGAUAGUUUGGAGGGAUUUGUACUUUGUCAUUCCAUUGCCGGAGGAACUGGCUCCGGCAUGGGAUCGUACAUAAUGGAGCGAUUGUCGGAUCAUUUCCCAAAGAAGCUGGUGCAGACCUACAGUGUAUUCCCAAACCAGGAUGAGAUUAGUGAUGUUGUGGUUCAACCGUACAACAGCUUGUUAACUUUGAAAAGACUCACGAGUUGCGCAGACUGUGUGGUCGUUUUGGAUAAUACUGCCCUGAACAGGAUUGCCGCCGAUAGAUUACAUUUGGAGAACCCUAGCUUCACCCAGAUUAAUACUCUCGUUUCGACGAUUAUGUCUGUUAGCACUACAACCCUCCGGUAUCCUUCCUAUAUGAAUAACAAUCUGAUUGAGUUGAUCGCUCCAUUGAUUCCGACAUCUCAGCUGCAUUUCCUCAUGACUGGCUAUACUCCACUGGCCACCGAUACGGACACUGUCAGCGUACAGAAAACUACCGUCCUUGAUGUGAUGCGUCGUUUACUGCAGCCAAAGAAUAUGAUGGUAUCCACCGGUCCGGACAAGGCAAACCACCACCGCUAUAUUUCGAUCCUGAACAUCAUUCAGGGCGAGGUCAAUCCAACACAAGUGCACAAAUCGAUUCAACGUAUCCGCGAACGCAAGCUGGCUCAGUUCAUCAACUGGGGACCGGCGAGCAUACAGGUAGCCUUGUCACGCAGCAGUCCCUACGUUCAAAGUACCCAUCGAGUGUCGGGACUGAUGCUUGCCAAUCAUACCAGCAUCUGCUCGUUGUUCGAACGCGCUCUCAAUCAGUAUGACAAACUUUGCAAACGAGGAGCUUUCCUGGACCAAUUCAAGCGGGAGGACAAAUUCAAAGACGACCUCAGCGAAUUCGACGAGAGCCGGGACGUUGUCGAUGCGUUGGUACAGGAAUACGAAGCUGCUACUCAGGCAAACUAUCUCAGCUGGCACGCAAAGAAAGCUACCGGUCAGUAAGUUUGAACUUGCACCUUGAGGAUUAACUGUCCUUCCCAUUCUCCUCGGGUAAGUUUUAGCCGCGCUGGGGGAGAUUCCUAACCUAACACGCUCCGUGCCAGCUCGGCUAUCGUGCGAGCAGUAAAUGCACACUAUUUUGAAUUACGCUUAUCGAUGAAUAAGAAAGGCUACCGGUCUUGCCUGUGCUCGUUAAACUACUUACUAUUACGAAGAAGCGCACCGACGAUAUACCACGAACAGCGUACGGACGGGAAUCUCGAAUGAAUCAUGAAUCGUCACAUUUUAGAAUUAGAAAAAUUGUACAUUAUUUGUAAAAUGAAUAUUAACGAGUACCGCACUACGUUCUCGAAUGUCAUACAAUUGGAGGUCUGUAACCGAUGAAAGAUGCACGUGCAUGUUGUCAAUAAAUAGUGUUAUAAUAUGAGAA